UUUUUUUUUUUUUUCCAACCAACCGUCUCAUAUUCUUCUUUUCAACGUUGCUGAAUAUAUGUACAUACUUGCUAAACGGAACACUUGGUCUCGAGCGAAACGUCAGUCGCAAAAACGAGUCUCUCGUGAAAAGAAGAAGAGACGCGCCUACCGAGUGUACGUCAAUUCGGAGUUUCUUUCCAGUCACUUUCACCAUACAGCCUCAGAAUGACAGAACGCUUGGACAUCGUGAUUUUUGGAGCUACCGGCUUCACGGGCCAGUACACCGUCAAAGAGGCAGCUCGUCUCGCCAAAAGCAAGUCCUUCACUUGGGGCAUCGCCGGCAGGCGCAAGGAGGCUUUAGAAUCGGUCCUCAAAGAAUUCGCUCCCGAAGAAGAAAACAUAAAAGUGAUAACGGCAGAUCUGAAGGAUGAGGAAUCACUGAAAGAAAUGGCCAAGCAGGCCAGAGUCAUUGUCAACUGCGCUGGGCCGUACAGGUUUUACGGCGAGCCCGUCAUAAAGGCGUGCAUCGCCGCCAAGACCCACCACGUCGACGUUAGCGGCGAACCACAGUACAUGGAAAAAAUGCAACUCGAGUACAACGAGGCGGCCAAGGAGGCGGGGGUUUACAUAGUGAGUGCCUGCGGCUUCGACAGUAUCCCCUCGGACCUGGGCGUGGUCUUCAUGCAGGACAAAUUCGGCGGCGAAGUCAACAGCAUCGAGACUUACCUCAACGUCUGGAACACCAAAAACGUCUGCGGAUCGAGUUCAUUGAACUACGGCACCUGGGAGUCGGCUGUUUACGGGGUAGCCCACGCAAACGAGCUGCGCGCCCUGCGCACCAAACUCUUCCCCGAGAAGCUGCCGAAACUCGAGCCGGUCUUGAAGACAAAGGGUAUAGUGCACUGCAGCGCCUUCUCCGAAGGCUGGUCCGCGGUGUUUCCAGGCUCCGACCGUUCCGUAGUUCUCAGGUCCCAAAGAUUUUUCUACGAAAAGUACAAGCAGAGACCAGUGCAAAUACAAACGUACAUCACGUUCAAGACUUUCUUCCAAUUCGUUAUGACCGCGGUGGUGGGAGGAAUCUUUCUGACGUUGUCGAGGUACUCGUUCGGCCGGGGUUUGCUGCUGAAGUAUCCAAAACUGUUCUCCGGUGGUUUGGUAUCGAAAGAAAACCCGAAACCCGAGCAGAUUGAAAACACGCACUUCUCGAUCACGUUCAUCGGCAAGGGCUGGAUGGACAAACUGGCCGAGCCCACCGACCAGCACAAGGAGGAACCGAACAAGGAAGUCAUCACCAAGGUCUCGGGCGUCAAUCCGGGCUACGGUGCCACCUGCACGACCCUUUUGAUGUCGGCGAUCAUAAUUUUGAAGGAGUCCAACAAGAUGCCCGAUAACGGCGGUGUGCUUCCACCUGGUGCAGCCUUCGCCAAGACUUCCAUGAUCGAAGAGUUGGUCAAAAAUAAUGUUAAGUUCGAAGUCGUUUCGGUCAUUGAAAAGUAAGGAAAUGCCAUCGGCAAUAUAUACGUUAAUCCUACAAUGGUCAUUAUUAUCAUUAAUAUCGUUACAUCGAACGUUUAACUUAUUUGGUAAGACAUUGCUUUAUUUGCUUUAAAACGAUCUGUGCAUAAAGUAGUUAAAAAUCAAAACUAAUAUUUUGGGGUGAUAAUAUUUACUAGAAAAUAAGUUCUUUUUUUUUUUUUUCAAACAAAAAUACACAUAUUUAUAUGAUUUUUAGUUUAAAUAACAAAGAAAAUCUCGUGAUUCUGGGGUCAGAUCGAAGUCAAAUUAAACCACUUUCCAAAUUGUGAUAGCAACAGUCAGCUGUAUAGUGUACAGCAGUAACAAAUAUCUUCUUACUGUAGUCAAUGCUAUAUUUAUGUGUACUAUUUAACAAACUGUAAAUUAUACAAGAUUAUAAAUUACAUUUUUUAAUGUACUAGUAGAAACUAGAAAUAUGUAAAUCAAGAGGUGGUAUUACGUUUCAACUUUUAUCGCACCUCAGGGAAAGAAAGCAAUAAAACUUGUUUAUCAAUAAAAUUGAAGGUUUUCUGGGUACUUUUCAUAUUGGGAGCAAAAUAAAAAUUUCGAGAAUAUUUGUAUUUAGGGUAGCGAUGAAGUAUUUGUGGUAAAAUAUUCUUUAAAAAUAAAAUUCUUUCUUCGAGGUGUCGAUGUAAAAAUGCAUAUUUUUCUAUUCGUGGCGUCUAUUUUAGAAGAGAUCAAACAAUUUUCAGACUGACGAUAUAGUGUUACUUUAUCGAAAUUUUAAAGAAAAAGAUCUUUACGUUGUAGCUUUAACAUUGUCAUUAAGGAUAUAAUAUAUGAACAUAUAAAACUGUAGAACAGUUGUAAUAAGCCCACAACGUGCAAUGUUGGGUUUUUCUAUAUAUAAUUAUUACCAUAUUCAACGUUUAUAAGGAAAUAAUAUUGUAUGAUUAAGUUUUUCUAUGCUGUUUUAAUAAAAAUUCAUUAACAUUA